AGCCUAUGCUGGCCCGAGUCCUUGGAGCGCCGCACACCGGCCCGCUGGCGCCCCCGCGCGCGCGCGGCGGGUGCGGCGGCGGCCCCGCCGCCACCCAGGGCCGCCCCUGGCCCGGCACCUCGCGCCGUGCGGCGGCGCCACCGCCCGCCAUGCUCGGGGGCGCAGUGGCAGCAUCAGGGCAGCCGAGCCGGCGGCCCACACCCGGGGAGCCUUGGCUUACGCCGCGCACGCUAGCGGCGACGCAGCACCGGGGCGCUGCCGCGGCGCACGCCCCUCGGCCCUGUCGCUGGUCAGAGGAGCCAUCGCCGCGGCAGCCGCGAAGCGGGCCUCGCGCGGGCGCCGCCCAGUGGCGGUUGCCGCCUUCGCUGCGGCGGCGUGGCCGCGCCGGACCAGGCCGGGGCUCGCGGGCCAAGUGCCGCUGCGAGCAGGGCGAGCGCGCUGGGUGCAGCUGGCCGCCGCCCGCUCCGACGCGGCGGCAGGAAUGGGUACGGAGCCGAUGGGGCUUCACUUCUUUUCGGAUGCAAAUUUCCGCCCGUUGCGAGACCAGUUCGUGGGAUCGGUGGUCGACACCGGCUUCGAGCUCAGGGAGGACUUCCUAGAGGACCUGGGCGUCGUGGAGGACCGCGCUGCGGGCGGCACGCCAGUUUACAUGCACAAGAUGCAGUUGUUGCUGGACUCGCUUGAUGCUUGCCGACCAGGGGAGGUACUCGUCAUAUCCGACGUGGACAUACAGUUCUUGGGCGAGGUGCUCCCAUACGUCCGCCGCGGCAUCGCCGGGCGCGACGCGUGCUUCCAGCGCGAGUUUCACCAAAUAGGCGUCAACAUAGGCUUCAUGGCCUUGCGUCGCACAGACGCGUCGCUCGCAUUCUGGCGGAGAGUCCGGGAGGAAGUCGACCGCACUGGCGGCCACGACCAGCGCAUUGUCAACAAUUUCUUGUACGCCGAUCCCUGCGGCGAGGACUCUUCGACGCUGCGGUGGGCCCGGUUUCCGCCCGAGAUUUGGGCCUCGUCCCAGGCCUUCGAUGGCGGCGCCCCGCCAGCAGGCGCAGUGCUGCACCACGCGAACUGGGUGGCACGGCCGCAGAGCACGUACCACCAGCUGGGCGCUGCCGCGUCAAAUCCGGUCGCCAAGCUGGAGCAGCUCCGGCAGGUGCGCCGCCUGCUGGCCGAGGGCGGCGCCGCGGGCCUGCGGGGCCUCGCGGCGGAGCUGGCGGCAGACCCCGCCAUGGCCGUCUACUUCAGCCGCACCUUCGGGGACCUCCGGAGCGGCCCCGAUUGGCUGGCGCUGCCCCAGGGGCACCCGAGCCGCCCUGGCCGCUCGCGCAGAGCGGCGACGAGGAAGGUGUGUGCACGGCAGGAGGUUGCGGCCCAGAUUCAUGACGAGAUGACGCAUGCCACUGCCGAGUAUGACAUUGGUAAGAGCACGGAGGAAAUUUGGAGCGUACCCCACUUCGUUGGCGGCCAUAAAGACAUCCGUCCACUGCUUGAUUAUGCCUAUCAUGCGACUUAUAAAAGUUACAGGGUGCAGGUUCAGGACGAUAUCAUCGAAAAGCUCUGCACCGAUCAGAACUGUCAGUCGGAUCUGCUUCCCUGGGUGGUGUUCACGGCAGGAGCGAUGGGUGCUGGCAAGGGUUACGUUGUCCGUUGGUUGGAUAAAAUGGGGUACCUCCCUUUGAAAGACUUUGUUGUUGUGGACCCAGACCAAAUACGGCAGAUGCUCCCAGAGUGGGAGAGGUACGUGAAGCACGACCCAGCAUCAGCGGGCGCGAAGACGCAAAAAGAGGCGGGACACAUCGCCGAGAUCUUGGGCUACAAGGCACUGCGCCAUCGCUACAGAGUGAUCUUCGACGGCAGCCUGAGAGAUGCGAAAUGGUACAUGCGAUUCUUUGAGAAAAUCCGUGAACAGUUCCCAGGCAUUCGUAUCAUGAUCCUUCACAUCUUGUCUGACAAGGACGAGGUCAUCCGUCGUGCAGAGCAGCGCGGUAAGACGACAGGGAGAGUUGUUCCAACGGAGACGCUUCUGGCAUCAAUGGAGGAAGUUCCGGAGUCCGUGCGUGCACUAGCACCUUACUGUGAUUUCUGUUGUCGCGUGCUGAAUAGGGAGGGGCAGCAGCCACAGCUAAUGCGGGAGCCAGAUGCCCCACUCCCACCAAGAACGGUCGACGUCAAUUGGGACACGAUCAAAAGUUUGUGGGAGAACCCCGACAAGAAUGGAGAUGGAGAGUUGUGCCGUAAUGAAGUCAGUGAGCUCCUGCAGCGAGGGCAAGUCUCUGCACGGGCCAUCGAAUCCAUCGACAUUGAUGGGGACGGAGCAAUAUCUAAGGAGGAAUUCAGGGCCGCUGAAUGCGCGGCAUUGAGAAAUAGUAAGACGGAGUGGAAGUGAUGUGUCUGGGAAGUUGUCAACACUAUUUAGGGCAUGUGAUCAGCCGGGUGCUUGUCACACCUUUUUUUUCGUGCAUGCCCAAUAUGCGCACAUUUCAAGCCAGCCAUAGCAUGUUCAAUCGUUCCGAGCAUUCCUCUGGUUCAUGUUGCACCAAUGUUGUCAUGUGUUCGGGUGGCCGUCAGCAUGGGCAAGUCGUUGUGAUAAUGCGAGUGAUAGUUCUCCCCCCCGUACAUGCUUUUUGUUGUGCGAAGCUCAUGCAUGAGAAACGUGGACGUUUGCUCUGCUUGCUCACGGGGAGUUGCAUGCUUGGUUGCGUGUGGCGGUCUUCCGCCCAUUAGGGGGUACGCGGAACGCGGCCAGCGCGAAGGCCAAACAUUUCUCGAGCGAUUGCGAAACAGAUAGCUUUGUUUCGUGGUCCAGCCCCACCUUGGAGCAUGUUAUCCAAUUUUUGACAUAGACUGCAGAGCCCAGGCCCAUAGGCCGUCCGCUAAUUUAGCGUUUCAGUGCCAUGGCCUAGUUCCACCAGUCUCUUUGGGACGCACGGCCUUACGCCGAGUAGUGACAGACUUGCGUCCUUGUUGCUGCGAUUGUGUGGACGAGGCGGCUUUGCAAACACA